AUGGCGCCGCACCCCAAAUUGAUGAAGCAGGCCGUCAAGGCACCGCCCUAUUUCUCUGCGUCGGAUUUCCAAGCCGCUGCGGAUGCUGACCCGUGCGCGAUGAUCAGUAAAGCGUUCGAAGCUGCACCGAGACAGAAAAACGCAACGGGGCCUAUCAUCCUCGACCUGCCGCCAUCAGUAGGCACUGCAUGCCUCAAGUCUGUUCCAGUCGCACCGGGGCCAGACGUGGACCUCCUCGACUAUCUCGGCCCCUACAUUGAAUACCAGAGCACACUUGAGCUCCUUCAAGAUCCACCGGAGGAAUAUCUGCUCCCAGGAGUGGACAUCAUAGGAGGAAUGAAGGCUAUGAAGCAAAAGCUGAAGAGCAAUGGAUAUGAGACGCAGUAUGAUUUUAUGAUGGAUCUUCAGAGUCUUUUUGUCGCAGCCAACGAUAACCACUUUGGAUAUACCCCAGGACUGCUCAGUGCCUUUCGCCAAGCUCGAGAAGCGUUUGACUUUGUCUCCAUUUCUAAAGAUGGACUCGAGAUGCCGCAGGUUUACGCAAGCCAGGACAUCUUUACCGCUGGAAAUCUGAGCUACACUCCAUCUCCCAUUGACACCAUUGAUGGCCAGGACGUGUUCGAGUUUUUGGAGAAUGAUGCUCUGCGAAAUCCUCAGGGCGCCCAAGAUCCGGACGCAAGACUGAAUAGUGUGUUUCGUUCUGUUCCUGCCGCGGCUGCCGGAAUUCCCAGUGGCGCCCAGACUACGGUUUUCGAGAUCCCAGACAACUACACUAUUGUGCAUAAGAACGGCACGUCGCGAAUGGUGAAAACAUCUAUUAUCACGCUUCCCACGAUUGAUCUCUGUGAGAUUCGAUCUGGGGAAGACUUUCAACAGAGAUUUGAAGUCCCUCCUCGGAAACAGCCGACACCUUCACAGCCACCGGAAAAGAAAAGGCCACAGAGUUCCCCUCCUCCUGAACCGACUCUUCCUGGAUACCCGGUACCGCUGGUCAAGCACUCCAACAGCAACGUCGCUAGCUACGCUCUGAACGAUACCGAGCUAAGCAACACUACCGUCAUUUCCUUUCUGAGCUUUGUCGCUCUCAACGUUGAGGAUCCACUCAGUCAGGAUUUUGAUCUCAAUUCCUUCGUGCGCGAGUUUGGCGAUGUCAUGGAUCGCACUGCCAAAGCUGCCAAGGAUCAGGGCCGAGGCAAGCUUAUCAUCGACAUGUCUGCCAACGGUGGCGGCUCAUUGGACCUUGCCGACUUUGCCUACACUGCCUUUUUCCCAGGAGCGCCAUUCGACGCUUUUGAUCGCUAUCGCUUGAAUGGUGGUCUCGAAUUGACAGGAAAGUUCCUGAGUUUUAAUGAGUCAUUGCAAGUGCUUGUCGGACCCGCGGGUCUCCCCUUUGGUGCUGACAACCAGACCAUUGAUGAUCCGAAUGCCUUUUUCGAAGCUCCGCCUGUGAAAAACCAGAAAUUGACGGCGGCAUUUCAUAGAGAUACAUCUGUUCCUUACCUUGACCGACCAGAUGUUUUCCUACGUGGGUAUGAAUCAGAACAAAAGAUGGGCGACAAGAAGCGCGAGGCGCCAUGGAGCCCAGAGGACAUUGUCAUACUGACGGACGGACAAUGCGCAUCGGCUUGUACCAUCUUCACAGGGCUGAUGGUGCGAAACUUUGGCAUUCGCACAAUUGCGCUGGGUGGACGACCCUUGAACAAACCCAUGCAGGCGAUCGGGGGUGUCAGGGGAUCGCAAUUGAGUACCAAUGCGGAAAAUAAAGGGCUUAUCACGGAUUUCGUGCAAGCGGCCUCGCGCAACAGAGAUGGCCAAGACGUUUUAAGUCAGGUGGAACGGCCAAUCCCCAAGAUCCAGGACCCGCCCGUCUUGCCGUUUAUGGAAGAUCCUGCCAAUGGUGGCAGUGUCAAUUCACGCAAUGCGUACAGUGGGGACGAUGUUGACGGAUUCCCUUUGCAUUUUAAGAAUACCGCGGCCAACCCUGGAAAGUGGCGCCGCGAAGCCGUCGCGCACAGCGACAGCGUCUCGCACGGCGACACUUUCUCCAUCUCCAUCCUGCAAGUGCCAGAAUCAGGGUCCAGAGUCCAGAAACAACACUACAAAGGACAAGUGUGGGAGCCCGAAAUGAAAACACGGCCAAGAUCAGGAGGCAAGGACUGA